AUGGACUUGAAACGACCACUUCCUGCUGCUGACGAUACAUUUGCAAAAAACCUCCUUGAAAACCCCCUGAAGCGCCAGAGGUUGAUGGAACUAUCGCAAAUGUCCACCCACAUGCGGUCUCCUGGCCUUGGGAAUUCUAUGGCUGCUGGCACCCAGAUUCCCCGAUUUCACAGCCGCCAGUUGCAUAACAUCCCCAAAAACGGAUUACCUAUAAUAUUCCCCCCGUACCAGCCCAGUGACUUCUUCACGGACAUAGACCCGGAAAAUGUCGCCAGGUAUGCGCCAGCCAUCGACAAGAUGAUAAGUUUGUUUCCUCCUCCACUUGCCCCUGCGGUGCCGGUGGAAUUGGAGUCUCACGGGGAAGGAAUCAUGAUACCUUUUAUAUUUCCGCCACCGCCAGUGAUCAAGCCGGACCCGUACAUUGACGACAAUGCGUUCUUUCUCAGGAAACGGAAGCUGUUUACAGACCAGAAAUCCCCAUUGUUGGAGCCAGUUGAAUUAGCACCUUUACCGUUCCCACCCCGAAACUUCAUGCCAUAUCCGUUGGACGCCAGUAAGGCGACAUUGACGCCGCACGAUGUGUUUACCGACUUUUUGGAUGCUUCCACCAUUUUGCCCCGUACAGACAUGGUGGUCGCAAGUGCUGCUGGUACUUUGACUGAUUUCAAGUAUCAAGCAGACAAGGAAGGGUUUUCGAUCCAAGAAUACGACAUCGAUAAAAAGCGGAAGAGUCAGUCAGACGCCUACGACCGGGCGGCUGAGGAAGAAAACAGCUCGUACUAUGACCAAAUCAAUGUUACAGACCAGUACGACAAAAUGUACCGAGGGCUUUACGAUCCAUUUGAACCCAGUGCAUCUCAGCACUUAUCUGCUUCGAUUCAGGCAAACCUUAGUAAUGUCAAGAACAAGCCAGUAGACAAGGAGUACUCGAGUUUGCUCAACUAUAAGGAACGGGUACUCAGUCGACAUCCUGAGGCGAAACGACUUGAGAAGUAUACCAGCUAUCAUAAAAGCGACUUGAAUAAGAAGCGUGAGAGCCUCUUGAUGUCGCUUACAGACAUUGAGAGUCGCCAGGAAUUGCAUAAACAUCAUCUACUCAAGACCAGGAAGAAGCAGUUAAUAACCAAACUCAGAGGCUUGAGAGCCUCAACCGUGUACCUUACCGAUAAUGAGAACCAGCACUUGGUCGAUGAGCAGUUGGCUAAGAUGAAGGAUCGAAUGGCCGAGGACCGGGACUCGGAGUUGGUGAAGUUGAAGUUUGAGUUCAACUACGAGGUGUUACGACAAUUGACCAGUUUUUACCAAGAUUCCGAUAAGAUAUACCGAAAGUUCCAGGGAACAACCUUGAACAAGUUGCUCAAGUUGAUGAACUUCUUUGAGUUCCAGAAAAAGCAGUUUCAAAAGCUCCUUGAGAGCCGUAAAAUGUGGAAUGAGUUGACCGACUUGACUAAUAAGGAAAGCUCCAAGUUGUACAGUGAUAUAAGUGAGAGGAACUAUGGACCUGAGUUGAAGGAGAUUUUGAAACUAAAGUUGGCCAUGGCUGAUAACCGAGGGACUGCCGAGGAUGAAGCCAGGGUGGUGCAGAUGAUUGAAAAUCUCCAUACAAACACUUUCUCCGACAGUAUGGACAAGUUCAGCGAUGUCACCGAUUUCAUGCCAUUGGUGUCAUCCAAAGAGUUUGACUUGAUUACCACCAACUUAAACAAACAGAAGAACGACGUGAAGAUGAACAUGAAUGUCAAGCAUCAGAUUUUUAGGAGUGCCUUAUAUGAGAGUGGAUCCGAUUCCACCUAUGCGUCGUCUUUCAACAAUUCUACUACAAGUGUGCCUGAUACCCCCAAGAGACGUGGAAGAAGAAGUAACCUCGAGGUGGAUGAGGAGAAUCUCAACUCGGAAACGUUCCUUUUAGCCAAGAUCCUGAAGCACUUUGUAGGACCUCAACCGGUGAACCAGGAUCAGAUGAACGAAGAUUUCGAGGUAAUGGGCAUCAAGUCUAAGUGGAAGUAG